GGCGGUUCCAAUUUUAUUUAUGCCUGCGUGCUCAGACCUGAAUGCAUAAAAGUUUGAAUAAAAUAAACGAAUGUGGCGGAAUCGGAAAAUGGAGAGCACCGAGAAGCUACGAAGCUCGCGGCGUAAAAGCAGCCAGCGCCGUCGCAAGCUUUCUAGAAAAGUUAUAAAUUGUAUACUGCGACCACGUUGUAAAACCCGUACUUGUCAAGGUAUCGCCGAUCGUAAUUUCAUAAUAUAAGGGCAGGUAAAGUUAUGCAGAAAGCGUGUACCCGGACGAAAAUAGCCAAGGGGCUUUCCUAUGAAGGUCUAUAAUGCCUUUCAUAAAACGUGUCCUAUCUCAAUCGUAGAGAAGGAAUUAGGGGAUUUUUCAAAGGAGAAUUCGCAGUACCUAGUUAAGGAUGUGAAUUGUGGGAAGGAGGCGUCGUCGGUCAAUACCGAGGUGGUGCGGUGCGGGCGAGGCGCAGGCGUGCCCCCGCGCCCCGCGCGCCCCUGCCGGCCUACUCACGCAACUCGCGAGUCGGCCGCCGUGCGCUGCGAUCGCGCGCGAGACCUUUCCUCUCCGUUUGAAACAUGUGUGAUGUUUUCAUCACAGAGAACAACUGUCAACUCGCUCUCGGGAACCACUAACCGCGUUAUGAAUGAAUAACAAGCCCGUACGAGGCUGACGAGAGCCACCCGGCUCGGAACCUUGGACUUGUGGACAGCUUUCGCCGAGUGUCUAGUUUUUCUCGUGGUCGCUGACAUUGCAGCGUGCGGAUUCCGCAGUGCGCGAGUGUGUGGUUGAUUGGCGAACGUAAUCGGGGACCAGCUGAGUCGCGUAAACAUUGGCCUUACCUUUGACCUGACGUUUCGUGGCGAUGGCUCCUGAACAAACAUACCCGGCCUAAAACUAUCGCUUUGAAGGAUUCCAACAUGCGGCGUCUAAUUUUGUUCCUACUGACAGGUACCGUUCUCGGCGUAGAGGUCCACUUUGAAAACAAAGAUAGCGGUUUUUUUCUAAAGCACACGGCAAGAUGGAGCGGCGCGGGUCCACCCCCAGAACCGAUGGGCACAGCUCUGCCUGGAGCUCUCCUGUCCCUGGACCGAUUCACUGUGCUUCAGGGGUCCGCACCAGCUUCUGUUCGCGCCACAUACGGACCCUUCUCCACCAAACAAACAGUGCCAGCGCGCUACACGGUACCUGAUCCCUUAGAACCGCCUAGAAGAAACGCAACUCUAGUCGAACUACAAGAAGCGACAGCACACAGACUUGACGUAUCAGCACAUUUAGUGUUUAGAGAACUACCUCGAGAUGCGCCCGUGCUGCGUGUGCUCUUUCAUACAGGUGGAGAAGGGGGAGCUAGAAGAGCUGCCACUCGACCUAGAAGAGUUUGUAUAACAUUACACGCCACUUUAGGCACAAAGUCAUUGACGGCAACAUGUGGCCCAGAAGGGGAAGAGGGCGCUUGCUUGGCCGAGUUGACGAUUCCUGCAUCUUGGUGGCCAGCGGAUGGAAAAGGAAAGCGGCCGCCUCGAACAGUGCGAUUAGCGUACAGUGCUGCGGAAGCUAGUAGUGGAGAAUCCGGGGAAGGCGCUUGUGGGCGGGUUUCUGUGCAGCCAGCGUGGCCUCUGGGAGUCGUCACUUUAGCAGGGGCAAGGGCUGGAUACCGUGAGGCGCGAGCUGGUGCUUCAGCACUUCUGCUACCAAGAGCGCCAUUAUAUCCGCAUUCCCGAUUACAUCUGCCUUUUGUCGUCCGACGGGAUGCCGCUCAUUCUACCGGACACGUCGUUAUCAGAAUGAAAGUGAAGUCGGGCCUGCGGCUGAUCAGCGUGAACGCAGCGAACUCGCGCUGGGCGGUGACGGCGGAGAUCAAGCCGCGCGCCGCCACGGUCACCGCCACGCGCCUCGAGCUACCCUUCAACGACGACAACGGACAAACGAAAGAGGAAGACUUAAGCGGUCCCGCGGGCCCCGGUUGGGAGGAAGUCCUGACCUGGCUGGUGGAAGUAGGAGCCGAAGGAGAGGGAGACGCCGAAGGCUCGGAGGGCGACUCGGGUCGAGGCACGGCAAGGCUCAACUGGUCUGCCAAGCUGUCAUCUUCGCCUGUGCCCACCACGGCCAGCGAAGAGCCACCUCAUGAACACCGAGUUAUUACGAGGCUUGAUAUUGAAAAAGAUGAUAUCCAAGCAGUUCUGCCAAUUUCCAAGAACUGGGAGGUGCUGAACACGGCCGUUCUAACCGGGCGUCAAGUGUCUCAAGCCAUGAAGGUGUUGAUAGUAUCGCAGGCCGGCCAGGUCGCUGACGUCACGCUACAAAGCUCUUGCCAUUCUGAAGACGAGAGCGUACUAAAGGUUUCAUCAUCAUGUAGCUCAGUGUACGUAGACGGCUCGGAGAUCAGGGGUUCGUCGAACGCCUCCGUGAUAGUCAAAUACGGCACGUACACCGGCUUGGCCCGCUUCACAGUCUGGAUGCCGGAGUACCCGCUGGAGGUGGAGGUUGAUAACCGGAGACUGUCACAGAUAAAAGGAUGGAAAGUGUCUGAGGACCUCAGUUCAAAGGAGAGACUGAAACGAUCCCUGUCCGCGCGAGGCUGGGGCGGGUCGCGUCCCGACGGCACUAAUUCCUUGUCCGAGCAGCGCUCCUGCCGACUGCGUUACCAACAGACUAAUAUCGAAGUAUUCGCCCGGUUUCUCGCCAAAGACCACGACUCUGGACGUGUGUCGUACUUCGUGUCGCGCCGCACCCGACUAAAGGUCACAGAGUUGGUGCAGUCCUUGAUGCGGGUGUCGGACCCGCGCAUCGCUUCCUUGAGGGGCCGCGUUCUGCAGGGGAGGAGUACUGGCCUUACCGAAGUUCAAGUGCUGUCACCGAUCACAGGUCGAGUAAUCGGUCUGCGAGAAGUGCGAGUAGUGAACGACAAGGUCGCUAUCUCUCGACUGCUAGUGCGCGUCAUCUCCGGGCUGCAGCUCAACAUCUCGCCCGACCCGGCGAUUGAGAACGGAUAUGUGUCGGAAACCACCGUCACUAGGCGGCUUACUGCGCAAUAUCAGGAGGGUCUCCUGGACAUCGACAUAGAGUUCGCGGACGAUACACGCACGGCGUUGCGUGACGUGGCUGUGUCCGACUACUUCCUUCUGGUGGAGAGUCUCGAUCCUGAAGUCGUUGCGUUUGCGCCGAUGCUCGCUUCGAAGCACCCGAGAGUUAUCGCUGUUGGAGAAGGCAGCGGCGAACUUCUCCGCGUAACCCUCCUUACACCCGAACAGUGCCGCACCGGGCCUCUCCGCCGAGUCGCCUUACCCGGCAAAGGCGACACCAAGACCCCAGCGAACAUCAAGAACAUACCUGGAGCGCUCGCUAGUGCUGCUGCCAGUGUGGACGUGGAUUUCAGCGGCGGUGACACGCCCCAGAGACCCGACACGCCUCAGAAUGAUGAUAUCAUGGCGAGAGGAGGAGUUAGGACUGGCUUGUCGGAUCUUAGUGAUGUUUUACGAGGGUUCAAGGAUGAAAACAACCACGAGCCCACGGUGCAGGCGCAGCAAUACGCGUCCAUCUACAGGACCAACGCCGCGGCGCACCCCCGACACCCCAGCAACCACAUGUCUUCCAUCGAAAUAGGGAUGUACGUUCUGCUUGUGGCAUUUUGCUUCGCUAUUGUGAUUUUCGUGGUAUCGUGUGUUGUGUACGCGUCCCGCCUGAAGCCGCUGGCGGGUCGCGUCGCGGAGACGGGUGGCGGGCGCGCGCUGCCGGCGAUGGCGUCGGGCGGGCGCCUGCAGGUGGCCGGGCUGGUGGGCGCCACGCUCGGCGGAGCGCGCGACAAGCCCGAGAAGGAGUCCACCACUAACGCGCACGACUGGGUGUGGCUGGGCCGCGCAACCAUCGAACGCAACGGCAACCGCCACUCCACCAACCGCAACUCCACCCAACCCGACAACGGGACCACCGAAAUGCGCAUCACCGCCAACCCGCUCAACUACAACUACGUCGACCCGGACGACGCCAUCCGCGACAACGGCAACCUGAUGGUCACGAGCUUCGACAACCCUAACUCGAUAGAACUACCGUCGCAGAACGAGCGGCGCGAGCGACCGAUCGACUCGACCACGUACUGCAAGAAACCGGCGAGGCAUGCGAGGCAUCAUUCUGGAGACGGGCAUUGGCACACGGACGGAGAAUACCGGCCGCCCGUGCCGCCGCACCGGAACGCCUCCACCCCGCAACCCCAGGUACCUGUCCCGCUGAGAAAUAACCAUAAAGUAUUGCCGGAAGCCGUCAUGCCGCCCACUCGCCGGAGCCACUCCCGGAACCACCACAAGAGGCACGAACGAGAACACGAUGCCCGACGAUCUCCGGAAAAUGCCCGCCGCCCAGACCGAAUUAUUGAUCUAAACAAAACCGACGCCCCGUACAUUUCGAGCCGAGACAUGAAAAACUACAAAAGCGACUUGAACCCCCUCCCCCACGAUUUAGACGACAACGCCGUAGAGAAGCUGAGCAAGGAGGAGUGCGCGCGGCUGUUCGAGUUCGACAACGACGCCCCGCUCGUGCUGGAGAACAAGGACUACCGGGAGAUCGUGGGGCUCGACAGAGGCCGCACAUUCGCCAAGCCGCCGAGCCCCGACUACAUGCAUGACUCUGGGAUCGGUCUGCCAGAAGUCCAGAUGAGGCAUAAGAACCGAUCCAAAGAAUCAAACGUCAAAGGUGACUUUGUGGAAGCUGCUAAUCAAAACAAAGGAAGCGGUUCCCCAGAAGUGAAACGCGCGACGAUAGUCGGCAACCCGAUGUACUCGCGCUCGGGCGCGGGGGCGGGCGCAGAGGCGCUGGGGCUCGACGACCUGCAGAUGGACUACGAUCAGAUCAUGCACUAUUUCCACAACCUCAAGGAAUCAAACGCCUGAGUAGAGCAGAUCAUUGCAAAGAUCCGGACGGUAUUGUCUACGUUUAAUUAUCAGCAUAUCAGCAAAGCCCCCAUCGCCGCACUGAAAGCGCCCGAGGAUAGUACCAUAGACUCUGGGAACAACAACGGCGCCGGCGGUGUGGCCGCGCCCACUCAAAUGCUAUGCGAAUCCAUCGCGCACAAAAAUAAUUUCAUGAAAACCCAGUUGAAAUUCUUAUUGGAGCACUUGAGCGAAUCGUACGAAUAAUGUUGUUCAGUCAUCGUAUUAUCCUCAACAGUGGACAAGUGGAUCCUUGCAGUGAUCGAAAAAGCAACUUUACCUACGAUUGUAACUAUACCGUUAAACGUAUUUACUCUAGUCAUAUACAAAGCUGCACAUAAUUAAGUAAUAGUGUCUAUUGUGUGCAUGUAGUUAAUUAAUACUCGUAUGUUAAAAUAGAAUGUAACGAUUUGUGUUGGUAAUCUCCGUAACAGGCUAAUAGAUACGCAAGAGAUAUUUAACUUAUAUUCAUGAGCUUGAGACGAGCCUAUGUCACUAUUUAUUAUCUAAGUGCAAAGACUUAGGACUGUAAAUAUUUUCCACUAGUAGGUAAUGACGCUACCUCACUUUGUCUAAUAACUUAUAGCUUAGCUUAGCUAAAUAUUAGAACCGACUCUGCGUGCAAGUUCAACGAAUUGUUAAUUAUUUGUUUUACCCCAGUUGAGUUGCAGACGUACCUAGUUUUUGUUAGACCUCAUUUUUAAAUACUACCUUGUUUAUCACGGAGGUGAAAUAGAUUUUAAGACUGCAUAUUGCCAGUGUUUAGGGAAUUAUUCCUAGUUUAAUAAGACUAUAAUAGCGUAAGACACAGAACUAGUCAAAUAUAUUGUAGCUGGUAUAGAGUGCUUGUACAAGCUCAGAGCAGGCUCAUUGAAAAGAAAAGCUCGAGUAUUUUACAAUCGUUCUUUAUUAACAUCAUUCUAUAACUUUAUAUUGCGUGACAACAUUCCUAGAUUGUACACGGAGUACGUAAUUGAUUAUGAAUAAAUAUCAUUGCAACUACUGCCACCAACAUACUUAGGUACUAUAAAUUGAACAUCAUGACUGGUUUAUAUCAUAAAUUGUUGCAUAAGCAUUCGAUGUUUUGAAAUGUAUAAGCUAAGUCACUACAAAUUAGAGUCCAUGAUAACAUUUUAGUCACGCAAGUAAAACCAACUAAUAACAUGGACUUGUGAUAAUAUACCUAAAAUGACUGCUAGGGAUUGUUUUGGCAGUUGAUUUUAUAAAUAAAAAGCCAUAUCAUAUAUAUAAACUAGCGCUUGUACAAUAUUGUAAACACUAUAUUUAUUGAAGAUGUAAAUUUGCAUUUACUUGUAAGUUAGUUCUUUAGGCUUUGUAAAUAUUGUUAUGACGUUAUAUAAUUUAUAGGUACUUGCGUUGAGGUAUCGAAGCAGAAAUAGAUAAAUAAGGUAGAGUCGCUUGGAUAUUGGAAAGAGUAGAGUUGCACACAAUAUUAUAAAAAAGUGUUUAAUGUCUGUUGCAGUAAUAUCUAGAUACAGAGAGUACAGAGAUGUAAUAGGGUGUUGGUCCACAUAUAAGGGCUAAAAAU